GCCUGGGGCCGCGGGGCCAGGGGCGGGCGGGCACGGGCGGGCCGCGGGGCAGCAAGGGCCGGGCCGGGGGCGCCGAGGGCCCGGGCGGCGGGGAUGGGGCGGCGGGGACCGCGCGAACUGUCAGCGCGGCCCGGUCCCCCCGGGGGGACCCGCCCGCCCGGGGCGCAUUGUGCGAGCGCAGCCCCGCGUGGCCGGGCCUGGCCGGGCGCCGUGUCCCCCGCGGCCCACGCGGCCCACGCUCGGCUUCCUCACCCACUCUCCCGGCUCGGCUAGUCCCGACCUCGCCGAACUCGAGCGGACGCCGGGAGGCCUCGGGGACCGCGGCCGCGGCUCCCGGCCCUCCCCGGGCCGCCCGCCCCCCCCCCCCCCGCGCGAUCGCGGCCCCCGCGUCCCUUCGGCCGGUGUGGCGGUGGGCCCCGAUCCUCUGCAGGGCGGCGGGGGCGGCCCGGCCCUCGCCCUCCUGACAGCGGAGUUCCCUCUUUGCGGCGCCUGCAUGACCGAGAAAGAAGCCAGCACCCCCAAGAAGAAGGAGAGUAAAGUCAGCAUGAGCAAAAACUCGAAGCUCCUCUCCACCAGCGCCAAGAGGAUCCAGAAGGAGCUGGCAGACAUCACUUUAGACCCUCCGCCAAACUGCAGUGCUGGUCCCAAAGGUGACAACAUCUAUGAGUGGAGAUCAACCAUUCUCGGGCCCCCGGGAUCUGUGUAUGAAGGUGGUGUGUUCUUCCUCGAUAUAACUUUUACACCAGAGUAUCCCUUCAAGCCUCCAAAGGUUACAUUUCGUACAAGAAUUUAUCACUGUAAUAUUAAUAGUCAAGGAGUUAUUUGCUUGGACAUAUUGAAAGACAACUGGAGCCCAGCACUAACCAUCUCGAAAGUUCUCCUCUCUAUCUGCUCACUCCUUACAGACUGCAAUCCUGCUGACCCUUUGGUGGGAAGUAUUGCCACUCAGUACAUGACCAACAGAGCAGAACACGACAGAAUGGCCAGACAGUGGACCAAGAGAUACGCUACAUAAACUGGGUUUUCAGUUCUUACAUUAUCUGUCUGUCACAGAAG